UUGGUUGUACGGGUUGCCCUAAGGGACCUUGGAGACAGUUUUCUUCUGGUGGACGUUGAGGUUUGGCCUCACGCUUUCUCCAGUCUAGGCUCCAGACAGGUAUGCGGGGUGCCUUUGGAAAGCCCCAGGGCACAGUGGCCAGGGUCCACAUUGGCCAAGUCGUCAUGUCCAUCCGUACCAAGUUGCAGAACAAGGAGCAUGUGAUUGAGGCCCUACCUAGGGCCAAGUUCAAGUUCCCUGGCUGCCAGAAGAUCCACAUUUCCAAGAAGUGGGGCUUUACUAAGUUUAAUGUGGACGAAUUUGAAGACAUGGUGGCUGAAAAGCGGCUCAUCCCAGAUGGCUGUGGGGUCAAAUACACCCCUAAUCGUGGCCUCUUGGACAGAUGGAGGGCUCUGCACUCAUGAGAACCUCAGCACUGCCCUUCCCCAUUCAUGCCCACCAAUAAAUCCUGCUUCCUGUCAAAAAAAAAAGUCUUUUAAAAAACACCAAGAAAAUGAAAAGACAAGCCAUAGAAUGGGGAAGAAUAUUCAGUACUUGUAUAUAUAACAUUCAGUUAAAAAUAUUUAGUACAUGCAUAUGUUUUUAUCUAAAAUAUAUAAAAAAUUCUUAUAAUUUAAUAACGAGGGUAAACAGCUUAACCAAAAAUGGGUAAAAUAUUUGAAGAGACACUUUACAAAAGAUG